ACAGCAAGGGGAGUAUUAAAAAAAGAAACCAAAACAACUCAAAGCUUAACCCUGACUGCAGCGUCGCAGCAGCAGCAGCAGCAGCGCAAGGAAAAAACAAACAAACAAAAUUGACGGCGGCAAAAGAAAAUCAAGGAGAGCAAAGUGUGUUGCGGUGAGCGCGAAAGCCAACGCUAAGCAGCGCAGCAGCCGUAGCAGCAGCAGCAGCAGCAAAAGCUUCAGUAACAGCAACAAUAAGGCGACUCGCACUUCAUGCAGAAGUAUAAGAAACAGCGCAAAACAUCGCCCCGGUCAACAACAGCAAAAUGAGCGCUCUCGAUGCCUAUCUGAAGCGGCCGGCGGAUGGAGCGAGUGGAACGACAAGCCAAUCCGGUCAAUCUAAUUCGGCUGCAGCGAUUACGGCUCCGAUUCCGGAGGACGCUGAAGAUCUCAAAACAGACAUUCCGUUCUUUGAUGAUCCGCCGUCGCAGUCGCAGUCACAAUAUGCGUCCGGCUGGAGCACAGAUGCUGCGGACCGGGAGAAUGUUGGUUGCACACCGGACUUAGAACUAGAAACGGAUGCGGAUGCGGAAACGGAACUGGAACCCGAACUAGAUGAUGGCUACACGGAUUCAGAUUAUGCCAGCGGUAGUGCCGCAAAUAGCUAUUAUCAAUCCCCGACACCGUCCAACAGCGACAUAAUGCUGCGUCCGCCCUCAAACACAACUUUCCAGUAUAGCUAUCCAUCACCGGGCUCAACGGGGACGGGCAGUCUGAGUACGGGUCCCAGUACGGCAAUCGGUGCCGGCAGAUUGCAUCCAGGCGCCUAUACACAUUCCCAGACGUUGCCGUCGUCCUCAUCAUCAUCGUCAGCAGCGUCUUCAUCGGCCUCCAGUUUCUAUCCCAACAUGUGGUAUCCGAAUGCACCGUAUUGCAACGGUUCGGCAUCGGGAUCGGGAUCCGGAUCGGGAAGCGGACACACCUAUAACCGUUAUGGUGGCUAUGCGGUCCAAGCGACUGGUGCGCCCUUUGCGCAUGGGAUGCUGCAACAUCAUGCCGGCCAUGUCCUGCAUCCUCAUCCCCAUCAUCAUCAUCCGCAUUCGCAUCCGCAUCCACAUUCGCACCAUCCACAUACGCACUCACAUCCACACCAUCAGCAUCCGCAUCCGCACGAGACAAUGAUGGAAAUGUUCCAGCUAUCCAAUAGCGGUCGCGAAGCACGCAAUCGGGCAGAGAAAAAUCGUCGGGAUAAACUAAAUGGCUCCAUACAGGAGCUGUCGACAAUGGUGCCGCAUGUGGCGGAGUCGCCGCGACGCGUCGACAAAACGGCAGUGCUGCGUUUCGCUGCGCACGGACUGCGGCUUAAAUACGUGUUUGGUAAGACACUGCAUCUUCAGAGGCCCCAAGUGACGGACACUCUAAUGGAAAUGUUGGACAGCUUUUUUCUCACUCUCACCUGUCACGGCCAAAUACUGUUGAUAUCGCCGAGCAUCGAACAACAUUUGGGCCAUUGUCAGACGGAUUUGUAUGGGCAGAGCAUACUGCAGAUCGCUCAUCCUGAGGACCAUGAAAUGCUCAAGCAACAGCUCAUCCCCACCGAGCUUGAGAAUCUCUUCGAUGCCCAUGCGGAUCCCACGGACGACGAUGGUGAACCCCGGCAGCGCAGUAAAUCCGAGGAGGAUUAUAUCGAUCGAAAGUUGCGCGACGAUAGGCGCAGCUUUCGUGUGCGCUUGGCACGCGCUGGUCCCCGCUCCGAGCCGACCGCCUACGAGGUGGUCAAAAUCGAUGGGUGCUUCCGUCGCAGCGAUGAGGCGCCGCGGGGCGUACGCUCAAAUACGUUCAGCUCCAGUUUGCAGCUGAUACGACGAACACGCGGACGCGACGAUGCGAUACCGUUGCACACAAUUAGCGGCAACGAUAUUGUGCUGACUGCCUUGGCGCGGAUCAUUCGGCCGCCAAAGAUCGUGAAUCGUCUGUUCGAUGCGAAUACUCUGGAGUACCGCACUCGCCACUUGAUUGAUGGCCGGAUCAUUGAUUGCGAUCAGCGGAUAGGCGUCGUCGCCGGCUAUAUGACCGAUGAGGUGCGCAAUCUGAAUCCGUUCACCUUCAUGCACAACGACGAUGUCCGCUGGGUGAUUGUUGCACUGCGUCAAAUGUAUGACUGCAAUAGUUCGUAUGGCGAGUCGACAUAUCGCCUGUUCACGCGCAACGGCAACAUUAUCUAUCUGCAAUCGAAGGGAUAUCUGGAGAUUGACAAGGAGACGAACCGGGUGCACUCGUUUGUCUGCGUCAACACUCUGCUUGAUGACGAGGAGGGCAAGCGACGCGUGCAGGAGAUGAAGAAGAAAUUCUCGGUGAUCAUCAAUACACAGAUACCGCAAUCGACCAUCGAUGUGCCCGCCUCGGAGCAUCCAGCGCAACUAGAGAAAGCUGUACUCCGUCUAAUCCAUAAUCUCCGUUCAUCUGCCGAUCAUCAUCAUCAUCAUCAUCAUGCCCUGCCGCUGCCAUCCGACAAUGAUGAGCUAGCUGAUCACAAUGUUGCUGGUGGAGCUUCAGCUGCUGCUUCUGCUGCUGAUGAUGAUGAUGAUAUGCAUUGUGUUGGCCAUGAUGAUGCCGAUGAUGACUACGAUGACGACAUCGAGGAGGGACUCGCAAGCAUCACAUCCUUCAGCUACGAUACCCAUGCCAAUCAGCAAUCACAUCAACAUCAGCAGUCUCAGUCUCACUCACAUACACAGCAUUCUCAACGUGGCCAUUCGUAUCAUUUGGAGGGUGGUUCCAUGGCGUCGUCGUCGCAGUCACGUUUGGGUAGCUCCAAGACGCCGCCGCUGGCGCUGGUGCCGCCCGAGACAUCUUCCGUGAAGUCAUCAAUAUCGAAGAGUGUCAGCGUUGUCAAUGUCACGGCCGCCAAGCAUCUACGUGGCCUCCACUCCGCCAACGCCAAUGCCAGCUGCUCCUCAGCAGCAGCAGCAGCGGCAGGAGCAGGCGGAGCAGCGACAUCGUCCACUCGGAAUAGCUGCACUUGCUUGGGUGACGGUGAUUGCGACUACUGUCAACGACCACUGACGCCGGAGACAUCCGUCAUGCUCAAGCGUUGCAGUGCAUCCCAUGAUGUCCACACUGAUAACGAUAGUGUGAAACAGGCCAAGCGACGCUUCAUGCCCAGCACAGAAGAGAUCGAGCAUGUCCUGAGUAAUUCACUGGAGCAAAUCCAGAGGGAUCUGCACCAGCAAGUCAAUGUGGCUGCCCAACUGCGGGAUCAGUGCAAUCGCUAUGAGCUGCCCGAUGCCAAUCAGCGCAUAGAUGAGAUCUUGGAGGAGCAUCAGAAGCAGAGCAAGGAGUAUGUCAACAUCAAGAGCGAUUUUGAGGAGCAGCUGCAAAGCAAGGCGGCGAAUACAACGAAAACGGAUAGGGAAACGGAAACAGACACCCAAGCAGGCAGCAGCGGUUCAACAGGAGGUGCCACUUAAUAAUACCAUACAUAUAUAUAUAUAUAUAACUGAGGGGUUUCAACCGUUGUGAUAAACGUGGCAGCAGCAAAUUUGAGCAGCGACUUGUAUCGAAAUGACAAAUGUUGAGUUGAAGUGAAUGUGGAUUGAUGGAUGUUCGAAAGGCAAACAACUAUUUACAAUUUAAAAAAUGCUGGAAUGAGCAUUGUAGCAUCUUUAUGCUAUCGAUAUAAGUAUAUAUAUCUCUUUAUAGGCAUAUAAAGUAAGUUGGAACCGAACUAACGAGUGAGCAUGCAACAAAACUACUUUAGGAUGGGGCCCUGGACUCUCGACCAGUGGCUGUUUUAUUUUUCUAUCUAUUUUCUGCCCCUUUUUUUUGUAAUUACAGUUGUUUAUUUUUUGUAUUUGUUUUUCCCUCGGACGUAAUUAUAGUUAAAUAUAGUGCAAAAUGUUUGUUAAUUCAUUUAAAUUAAAAUUGUAUAGUCACCCAAUUAUUAGGUUAUUUAACUCUACCAUAUUUAUA